UUGUAAUUAUUAGCAGAAUAAACGACUAGUUUAGUCAAGCCAGCAGCCAGUGAUAUCAAUAUGCCCCCUCUAUAAAGAGCACGCACUGCGAUACCCACACGGCCACACCGCACUAUACACUAAAUUGCUUCUUCGCUUCGCUUUCUCUACUGGCAGCCAUGGCAGUCCGUUUGCUUCUUGUAUCGGCCGUUUUGCUCUUCUGCCUUGCAGAGGUUUCAUCUGAUCUCAAGAUAGAAGAAGAAAUUGCUCAUAUUACCCAGAUUGGUGUUAGAGGUGGAAACAGGAGGCUCAUGCAAGAAAUGGAUUGUGGAGGGCUAUGCAAGCAGAGGUGCAGCCUCCACUCAAGGCCUAAUUUGUGCAAUAGAGCAUGUGGCACGUGCUGUGUGAGGUGUAAGUGUGUGCCACCAGGGACCUCAGGGAACAGAGAAGUAUGUGGGAAAUGCUAUACAGAGAUGACCACCCAUGGCAACAAGACCAAGUGCCCUUAGGCUGCCCACUGCAUGCGCACGUUUUGGCUUUCCGUUUGUGUGUUUUGUCAGCUUGAGAGGUGUUGCUGUACUAGAAUCUCAGUAAAUGCAAAAUGUGUAUGAAGUUAAAAUUCAAUGGUGGGUUGGGCUCUGUGCUGUUUAUCUUUUAGGAACCUUCGCAACUUUCAGCCUCAGCAGAUGAGUUGGGCUGAUGGCCUUUUUUAAUACUGUGUUUGAAUCUGAGUUGAGCUCUCUUUCUUUUUA